AUGAAGUUCGGCCAUGUCUUCAAGCAGACCCUGCGGGACGAAGGAUUCCCGCCCGACUGGGUCGACUCGGCUAUCUCCUACUCGCAGCUCAAGAAAUGCAUCAAGAGGCUGACCGACGAGCUGCAGCAGGUCGGCCUAGACCCGCCCACACUGUCCAAGCUGCUCAGGCAUGUCGAGGACUACAAUGCCUCGACCGAGCACCAUGACGACCAGGAACGGCCCUUUGAGUACAUUCUCAAUCCCCACGGCUCCUAUGAUGAUGAUGAUGACAACGGCGCCUCACAGUCGCCAAAGGCCUUUCACCCAAAGCUCCUCUUCUAUGUAGAUGAGACGAGCGGAGAGAUCAUGGGCGCCAAACUUGACAAUGAUACGAGGAACAAGCUGCAUCUGCUGGCCGUUGAGACGGGCAUGUCCGACAUGCGCGUGCUCGACGACUCCGACUUGUCCUGUCACUCUGCAGACACUCCCGAAUCCCCCACGACUGCAAACACGCCCGGCAAUCGACCUGGCUGUCGCACCGUCCUAGUGCCAAUCACUUCCGACACGGAAUUCUUCACUCGUCUCACCAGCGAGGUCUCUGGGCUCGAGAGGCUGCAGGAGCGAGAGCAGAAGAGAAUGAAUGUCCAGAUUGAAGCUCUCGGCAAGCAGGUUGCCAAGCUGACAGACCCGGACCGGCGAACAACAAGGAAGAUGCUCACCACUUGGCGCAAAAUCUUCCAGAUUUAUGUCGAAGAGGGCAUCUUCUUUGGCACAACGGAGCUUGAUCACAAGUCGCAUGAUUCGGAAAAAGCAAUGGCACGGCUCGCCACUUUUUCCAACAAGAUUGCAAAGGCCGGUCUCGUCGAGCAAUUGAAGAAGAAGGACAACUUGACCGCCCUCAAUACGUUUAUGCACAUUAACCGCGAGAUUCUGCAGGGCCUACGAUUCGGCGAAAUUAACCAUAAUGCCAUGAUGAAGAUUUUGAAGAAAUUCGACAAGCGUACAGCGCUGGGGGUAAAGUCCACGUUUCCGCGUCAAGUCGAGUAUCCAGAAUUCUCGGAGCACCUAGCCAAGGCGGUAUGCGCAGAGGUCAACACACAGAUUCUGUCGCAUGUGCCGCAAAUUGACGACUACUCGUGCCCCAUGUGCAUGGAGAUUCAAUGGCGGCCCGUCAAGCUGAGCUGCAACCAUACGUUUUGCAUCCGAUGCUUGAUUGUCAUGCAGAACAACAAGCAGUACAACUGUCCGUUUUGCAGGCAAAAGACAAUAUUUGAUGCCAAUUCUGACAACCUAGACACGGAAAAGGCGGCAUUUCUUAAGAAAUGGUUCCCCGAGGAAGUCAAGGACAAGCAGCGGUACAAUGAAAAGAUGGCCGGUGUGGACCAGUAUGGCGAGGUGUAUGCCAAUGAAAAGUGCAACGUAAUGUGA